GGCGUGGGGCGGAAGCGGCGCCGUGGCGCGGGAGGGAGCGGCAUCAUGGCGGCGCCGGGCCCGCGGCUGCGUCUGGAGGCGGCGCUCGGCUUCCUGCUUCUCCUCGCCUGUGCCCAGGCCCUUGUCCCCAGUCAUCGUCUCGAUGCCCGCGACCUGGCGCGGCUGCGGGCGGUGCUGGAGCGGCCCUUCACGGACGUGCGCGCCGCCUUCUACUCCAUCGUGGGGCUCAGCAGCCUCGGGGUGAGGGUGGCGGACGAAAAGGCUGCAUGUAAGUUCAUCAAAUCUCAUGUGGACUCCAGCAGUGUUGAAUCUCUCUUUUAUGCUGCCCAGGCCAUGCAAAUCCUGUCAGGCUGUGAGGUCACCAUUUCAAAUGAGACCAGGGAGCUGCUGCUGGCAGCUGUCAGUGAGGAUUCCUCAGUCACCCAGAUCUUCCACGCUGUGGGUGCCCUGAGUGGCUUUGGCCUUCCCUUGGCAUCCCAGGAAGCCCUGAGUGCUCUCAGUGCUCGGCUCAGCAAGGAGGAGAGCGUGCUGGCAACCAUCCAGGCUUUGGAGACGGCAUCUCACCUGUCCCAGCAGGCAGACCUAAGUAGCAUUGUUGAGGAGAUUGAGGACCUUGUGGCUCGCUUGGAUGACCUGGGUGGAGUUUACCUGCAGUUUGAAGAAGGAAUUGAGACUACUGCCCUGUUUGUUGCUGCUGCCUAUAAGCUGUCAGACCAUGUGGGUACAGAGCCAGCAAUAAAGGAGGAUCAGGUUAUCCAGCUGAUGAAUGCCAUUUUUAGCAAGAAGAACUUUGAGACUCUGUCAGAGGCUUUCAGCAUUGCUCGUGCUGCAGGUGCCCUGUCCCAGAACCGCUUCCACCUGCCCAUCAUCAUUGUCCCUGAUGGCCCUGCAGCUGUGUCUCAUCACCAGCCCCUGCUCAGGCUUCAAGUGACCAAUGUUAUGUCCCAGCUCCUGACUCAAGUUUCUGUAAAGCUGGAUCAAGCCAAGUCUGUGUCCAGCAAAGCCACUGUCCUUCAGCAGCUACCAUUUACUCUCUCUGGAGAUUUCUUUGAGCUGAACUUCAUGAAUGUGAAACCUGCUAGUGGAUAUUAUGAUUUCUCUAUCAGUGUAGAUGGAGAUAAGCGAUUUAUUGCUAAUAAAGUGGAGCUGAAAGUAAAAGUUUCCACAGAAGUGGGGAUUACUAAUGUAGAUCUUUCUACUGUGGAUAAGGAUCAGAGCAUUGCACCAAAAACAACCAGGGUAGCUUACCCAGCCAAAGCCAAGGGCUCAUUCACUGCUGACAGCCAUCAGAACUUUGCUUUAUCCUUCCAGCUGAUAGAUGUGAACAGUGGAGCUGAACUCAUCCCUCACCAGACUUUUGUUCGGCUUCACAACCAAAAGACUGGCCAGGAGGUGGUGUUUGUUGCAGAGCCAGACAGCAAGAAUGUGUACAAAUUUGAACUGGAUACCUCUGAAAGAAAGACUGAAUUUGACUCUGCCUCUGGGACCUACACUCUUUACCUGAUCAUUGGAGAUGCCACUCUGGAAAAUCCAAUCCUUUGGAAUGUGGCUGAUGUUGUGAUCACAUUCCCAGAAGAGGAUGCACCAUCCACAGUCCAGUCCAAGAACCUCUUUGUUCCCAAACCUGAAAUCCAGCACCUCUUCAGGGAGCCUGAGAAGAGGCCUCCCACAGUGGUCUCCAACACUUUCACUGCACUGGUUCUCUCCCCACUGCUUUUGCUGCUCAUCUUGUGGAUCAAGAUAGGUGCCAACAUCUCCAACUUCAGCUUUGCUCCCAGCACCAUUGUUUUCCACUUGGGACAUGCUGCAAUGUUGGGACUCAUGUAUGUGUACUGGACUCAGCUCAACAUGUUCCAGACUCUGAAGUACUUGGCCAUUUUGGGUGGCAUCACAUUCCUGGCAGGCAACAGGAUGCUGGCUCAGAAAGCUGUGAAGAGGAUCGCUGCAGAGCAGAGCAGUAGGUUGGCAAAGUAUAGAACGCUGCGGUAAAAGGGGGUUUGCUAGUGACCAGCUCUUCAGGAAGACACAAUAGUACCAGAAGAAUGGAAGAAAUGUGGAAAAACAAAGCAAAUGCUUUCAGAACAGAAGCAAAUAAUAAAUAACUGAAAGGCCAGAAGAAGGAAGGCAGAAGAUAAUUCUUUUUUUAUAUAUUAAGUCAAAUGGGUGCCAGUUAAACUUUUUUUAAAAUCUUUAUUUUCAUCAUUGUGUUCAUGCUACUGGAGUGCUUUUCAUAUGAAUCUGGAAAAUCUUUUCUUCCCUGGAUCCUCUCCCCUUCUCCCAGGACAUUUGAAUUUCUUUUUGAGAAAAAGGAAGAAGAAAAUACAAAUCUGCUUUUUCCCCAGGUGCCCUUUCCUCAUCCUAAAGAUUUGUGAAUAAAGAGGAGGAAAGGAUG